AUGGCAUCGCCGCCAUCUACUGUCGCCUAUUCUCAGGCAACUCCUACACAGUCGUUCGCUACGACAAACGGCGAUAGCUUCCCAGCAAACGAACACGAAAGCAGAUCUGGCGAUGAAGAAUCACCUCGCAGUCCUAAACGCUCGCAUGAUAGCAUGAUGAAAGAUAGCAUGGAUAUCGACUACUCACCCCCUCGGCCCCAGGCUGGAGGGUCUGCUGGUUCGCCCUCGGCUUCGGUAGCCACCCCUCGGCCUAAUGAUGAUGGACGUCCGGACACGGCUGGCACAAACACAGGCGUGGAUGCUUCAAUGUCAUCCGCGAUGAAUGCUGAGAAAGAUACACCAUCCAAGGACCCGCCCGGCACUGGUCGUCGAAACUACACUACUUCCUUCUCUGGUGCCAAGAUUAAGCACCUCAAGAAAGCGGAUGGAGAGCCGUUAUGGCGGAAGGACAUCCAAUUUGACUGGCUGCACGCGAUAUUCACGGAUGAGAGCAAGGUUUUCACCAAUAGCUACACCGGCGAGAAGAACCAAUCGUUCGCGGAUGUCUACAUCGACGCAAUGGCCCGAAGUUCCAAGACGAGUAAAAUUCUCCGCGACAAAUUGAUGACUGACAGACCUCAGGCCACCAAUAUGGCAAUGGUCUGCCUUCUGGUCAACAUUGGUAGAAUGAAUACUACCCUUAAUUUCUUCCCUGAAAUGAGAGCCCAGCUACGAACGUACCAUGCCAUCCCUGCUCUUCAAACAUACGUCGAUCCGAAUGCGUACAAGCAGCUUCAAGAUGCCCCUCGUCUCAAAUCUAUCCUGAAAGGAGCUUGCGAAGACCGUCGAGAACCUACGACGCUCGACGGGAUCAUCAAGGUUCCAUUGCAACCUCGGACCAAUCCUAUCAAUUUAAUAUUCGUGCUGGCAAAUUACUCGCACAAAGUGACCGAGCUCCAUUUCGGUCAGCCCAGGGAUUUCUUCGAUUUGGUUAUGAGAUGGACUUUGAGUAGUGCUUCACGUGCGAAAGCCUUUCUGUGGUUGAUGUGGUGGUACCUUGAAAGUGGAUUUACAGCCAAAGAUGCUGUUGAAAACCCUUUCGGCGUGGGUGUUUCCCAGGAUGCAACGAAAGAUAUGGGUAGUCGCCGCGGGAGUGUGGCUUCGGUAUCAGAUAAAGAUGAUAAGGAAAAGGAGAACAAAGCAAAGGGAGAUGAUGAUAAAACACUUCCAUCGUUUAUCGACGAGAAGUUCAAGGGACUUCCAAUCAUUCUUCCGGAAUUUGAACAUCUGACGGAGGAACAAGCGGAAACUGAAAAUGUGGAUACAAAGGAGGAACUAGUAUUCGGAAAUGAAAUGAAAGAAGAGAGAUAUCGUAAAAUGGCAGAGCUGGAAGCCGGCAUAAUACCUACGAAAUCUUCGACGGCAAAGAAACCAAAGCGGCCUAGUAAAUACGAUAUUGAGCCAGGCGCUAAUUUUGUCUCUUCACCUGUUCCCUCAACCUACGGCCGCUUCUCAGCUCGUGGACGCCGCUACGAAGAUGGCCAACUCUCAGACUCAGACGCCCGUAGUAUGUCUCCGGACGCGCUUGCCAGUGCUAAACGCCCUGGUGGCCUUUCGUCCCGUGGCUUGUUAUCCAAGGGAUUAGCCGGCCCUAAGCUCUUGAAACUCUCGGGGCUCCUCCCAACCACCAUUGAUAUGAAGCCUGGCGAAAAGCGCCCAAGACCUUUAACCCAACACCAACUUGCGGUCCAAGAACACCGACGUAGAAGAGUUGAAAGACAAACACAUAAGUUGAUCAAUGCACACUACCGCCGCGUACGACGAGCUCGAUAUCGAGAAGGUGUUUUGAAGCGCACCUGGCUAAGGAUCAAAGACCUCCCGGAUCCAUUCGCCAAGAGUGAUGAUGAAGUCGAUUUGGAGCAUCCUAUUGUUAGGAUAGAUGAGACCGAGGAAGAGAUGUUGGAGAAGGAAGCAAGAAGGAAGAGGGCUAAGUACAAUAAUGGAACUUCGACUAAAGGACCUGCUGGGUUGGUUCCUUUGGAUGAUGAAGUCGAUGACUUUGGAGAAGAAGCGGCUGGUAUCGCUGCUGCCCUCCGAAGGAUUCGACGACGCCUUCCAAGGUGGGAAGAGGAGGACCGAGCUAGGAAGAAGAGAGGACCUGGCGCGGAAGAAGACAAACUCAUGGCUGGUACAAAUGAAACGGGGACCAAAAAGAGUGGAAAUGGAAAGAGGAAGAGGGUCGAUAACGAUGAAGGAUUUGGAAGUGAAGUCGAAUUUGAAGACGAUGUCUUUGAAGACGCUAGAGAGAAUAAUGAAGAUGAAUUGGAGGAUGAGGAUGCUACUGAAGAAGAGGAAGAUAUGGAUGAUGAAGAGGAUAUGGAGAUGGAGGAUUAUGAGAUGUAG